AGCUCUACUUUUUUGGCGCCUGUCCCUGCCUUAUCCCUGACUUCUUCUAUUCCCCUUGGAAACCCAGAUUUUUCGCAUUGUCAGGCCAUCAUUGAACAAUUGCGCCUGGAUGUAAACUGCCUUCCAAACAUAAAUGAAGCAUCAACUUCAACCUUUGAUGGUAAUCGGAAUAAAUUAGCUGCAUUUGUUCCCUCACUUAGAGACAUAGAUCUUUUGGAAUCUAGACCUCAUACUCGGAUAGUCAGAAGAAGCAGCUCUCAGCACUGCCGUGCUCAAGUUCUUGCAUCUUUGCCUCACGCUUACCGUCGUGCCGACAUGAUCUAUCACCAGCUGCCUCUGUGCCUGCAUUCAACGCCCGGCCCGAGUUUUACGUUCCAUCAAGCGUCUGUUGCUGCCCCAACGAUAGCAACCAGUGCUGUUCAAGUCCCUGCCUGUCAGGCCUCACUUGGCCUUCCUAGCCGUUCGUCGGCAUCUUCCUCAGCAUCUGCUAUGGCUUUCUAUAAUAGACGACAGAGUCAGAUCGAUGAUCUGAAAAAAUGGUGGGCUGAUUGGGAGAGCAGCCAUAGUGUUCAGGGCCCAGCUCGCCUCCGGCCAUUUGCCACUCGACAACCCGGCGCAGCUUCCGCUAUUCAUCCUACGCCUACGGCAGAGGCACCGGUGCUUGGCGAGAUGGCGGCAGCUAUAGCUAUGACGAUGACUCCUCGACUCAGCAUGGUGCCCAGAUCACAUUCGCUCAGGAAGCCAGUGAUAUCUUUUCCUGGAGCCUCGGCCUUCUCGCAGUCGGGGGCACACUUUCAACUGCUGCACACCCAUCAGCUUCGUAAUUCGAGUAGAACGGCCGUCCUUUUGCGCUCUGGCUCGUUCCGGAGGAUCGAACAAUUCGUAUAUCCAAACAAGCUAGGCCACUAUCCUAAUCUGACGCUUUAUUAA